AUGGCAGGAGGUAUACAAACGUUGGGAAAUCUAAUUCUGAUCGCCAGUCUCAAUAUCGUGCGAUCAAACACCGAUUUUUUCGGUCGGGAAUUGUUCGGGACGAAAACACCCUAUCUGUGGUCCAGACAGAACGUCGAUAUGACAGACAGGACGUUUGUACAGCACAACGGACGGACAUGUCGUGCGCUGUAUGUGGACGGACUAUACAGACACGGUGCGCGUUAUCCAAGUCCCAAAUGGAUUAACCGGAUGAAUGAACUGCAAACGCUUUUAAGUACCGGAGGUGGCAUUAAUCAGUUCGUGGUGGAUUGGGUAAAUGCCUUCACAGCAGAAAAAGGAGCUCAGCUGUCUGCUCUCGGACAUCAGGAAAUGGUAGUUCUCGGGGAGAGACUUGGCUCCCGAUUUAAAAGUCUCCUCAAUGAUCAAAGUGACAAAAUAAUGUUUUACUCGUCCAAGAAGGAUAGAACCAGAGACAGUGCGACAUAUUUUCAGAAGGGACUGGGUGAUAAACUCGGCACCAUCAUCUCCAUACCGGUCACUCUUGACAAUCUGAUGUUACGAUUCUACGACACAAUGCCGUUCAUGAACAAGGAUGAGACAUUCGAAGAAUACGACAAAUUUCUGCAUGGACCCGAAAUGACCAAAGUGGUAUCCGAUGUCAACAAUGCCGUUCUCAGCGGUCACUUCAACCUGUCGGUUUAUCACGUGGCGACAAUACAACAGAUAUGUGCGUUCGAGCUUGGAUUUUUCAACUCGUCUGACUGGUGUAAUUUCCUCAGCAUUGCGGGGCUGGAGGUGAUGGACUACGCCGGGGAUAUAGAGAAAAACAUAGAAGACGGAUACCGGUACAAGAUCACUUCGCAGAUGGCGUGUCCACUGUUCAAACACAUGUUUCAGCAGAUGGACAACGUAGUAACUAACCAGGCCAACAGAUCCCUGGCCUCGUUCCGGUUUGGUCAUUCGGGUUCGGUGUCCCCUGUUUACACCGCACUGGGUUUGUUCAACGGAUCCAAACAUUUUCUUGCCACGGAUUAUCAAGUAAACGCCAACCGGAAGUACCGUAGUAGUGUUAUACUUCCGUUCUCUGCGAAUCUGGUCACCACCUUAUAUAAAUGCGGCUCGGAUUACAUGGUUAAGAUGCUGGUCAACGAGGAGGAAGUGGACAUCCCGGCGUGUGGUGCCAGUAUGUGUCCCUAUAGGACAGUGAAGGAACACUAUAGACAGUUUAUCAACUGUGACUAUGAUAACAUUUGUGAGAAUUCUGAUACCAACACUGGGACGAGAACUGUAGUAUCUGUGCUGAUAUCCAGUGUAAUCAUGCUCUCUCUACUAUUAUAG